AUGGAGUUUGAAUAUUCUUUGGCAAAGGCCAAGCUUCCAGUUAUCAACUUGUCCAUUGAAAAUGUAAGCCCUGAAAGCACCAACUGGCUAGAAAUAUGCAGCCAUUUGAGGGCUGCUCUUGAAGAAUAUGGAUGUUUUUUGGGUGAAUUUGGGAGUGCCACACCAGAGCUUGAUGAUGAAAUCUUCAAGGGUUUGGAAGAGCUUUUUGAUUUGCCCUUAGAAACUAAAAUGAAAAAUGUGUCUGAUAAGCCUUACCAUGGAUUUUUGGACCAUAGGACUCCUUUCGUUCUGCCUCUCCAUCAAAGCUUUGGGAUUGAAAAUUCAGAAAGUUUUGAAGCUGUACAGUCUUUUGUGAACCUCAUGUGGCCAUCUGGAAAUCGUCGUUUCUGUGAAAAUGUGUUUUCAUACACAAAGAUGGUAUCAGAGAUGGAGAAACUAGUAAAAGUGAUGGUUUUUGAGAGCUAUGGAGUGAAAAAAUACUAUGAUUCUCACAUUGCUUCAACCACUUACCUCUUAAGAACCAUGAAAUAUAGAAUCCCAGAGAUGGGUGAGGAGAAUAUUGGAGCAGAUGCUCACACAGACAAGAGUUUCUUCACCAUUCUUCAUCAAAAUGAAGUCAAUGGCUUGGAAAUCAAAACAAAAGAUGGCCAUUGGCUUGGAGUUGAAUUCACUCCAAAUUCCUUCUUGGUCAUGGCUGGAGAUGCUUGUUUGGCAUGGAGCAAUGGGAGAAUCCACUCAGCCACCCAUCGAGUUAUGAUUGAGGGAACUAAAGAGAGAUAUUCGACUGCCCUAUUUUCAUACCACAAAGGAAUUAUUGAAAUUCCAUAUGAGUUGGUGGAUGAGAAACAUCCCUUAAGAUUUCAUCCAUUUAACCAUUAUGGAUUACUUGCUUAUUUUUCCACACAUGACUCUCAUAAAAUGCCUUCCACUGCCAAAGCUUAUUGUGGAGUUUGA